AUGGCUUUCUAUGAGGGAUUAUUUGACACUUCAAGAACUUUGGUAGCUGCAUCUUCGGGAGGUUCAUUCACGGUUUUGGAACCUAUUCAAGCCGAGGAAUUGUUAGAAAAAAUUGCAAUGAACGGUUCUACUUGGUACUCCGAUAGAUCUUCACAAAGAUUGGGAGGAGGUAUUCAUGAAGUGGAGCAAAUAUCCGCUUUAUCGGCUAAAGUGGAUAAUGUUGCAACAAUGGUGCAGAAGCUAGCUCAAAUCACUCUUCAAAAUCGAAAUGUGAGCUAUGUUUCUACUCCUUCUACUCCCACAAGACAAGUGUUGAUUUGUGAUCUUUGUGGUGGAGGGCACAACUCGGGAGAAUGCUUUAAUGAUGACACGAGCUCUCAAUCUUCCAUGGAACACAUUAAUUUGGUGGGAUACAAUAGGCCACAGCAAUCUUUUCAACCUCAAGGAGCCUAUAAUCCUAAUACCUCAAGGAACCAUCCCGGUUUCUCAUGGAGUAACCCAAAUGGGGCGGCAAAUCCCCAAAAUUAUGGCAAUAGAAACCCACCUCCGGGAUUCCAAGGUCAACAAAAUUUUAGAGGGGGUCUUACACAACAAUUUAGGCCAACUCAAGGAUUUCAACCCCAAGCUCUGACUAUUCAACUAAGUCCACCACUACCUACUUUGGAAGCUCCACCUCCACCGAAUUGGGAAGCUAUGAUGGAAAUGAUGGUGAAAUCUCAAUUGCAAAGUGAUGGAAGAUUUAGACAAGUGACGGAGAGGCUAGACCAAUUGAGUGCUCAUAACAAGAUGCUAGAGAACCAAAUAGCAAAUCAAGCCUCAACUUCUAGCACCAAAGUCACCGGGAAGUUGCCCGCUUGUCCCGAGAAUCCAAGGGAGCAUGUCAAUGCCAUUAUUGAAGAGAGACUUGAGGAAGAAGAGGCUAACCAUCCUGUUUUGAAUGCGAGCCUUCAAAGUCAUGAAAAAGAUGAAAAAGAGAAGCCCGAGAGAAAGUAUGUGCCACCACUUCCAUUCCCUCAAAAAUUUCAAAGGCAAACCAAAGACAGUAGAUGGGCCAAAUUCUUGGAUAUUGUGGAAAAUUUGAAAGUCUCUAUCCCAUUGCUUGAUUUGCUCACCCAAACACCUUCUUAUGGGAAGUUUUUAAGAGAGAUUCUAUCUAAAAAGAGAAAGUUUGGUGAUCAAGAAAUGAUUGCGAUGACACAAGAGUACCGAGCCUUAACACGUGAAGAUGGAAAGUUUCCUACAAAGCUUAGAGAUCCGGGAAGAUUCACAAUUGCAUGUGUUAUUGGUGGUUCCACCAUCAAUAGAUCACUUUGUGAUUUAGGAGCAAGUGUUAAUAUAAUGCCUUUAUCUCUUUGCAAGAAGCUCAAUUUGGGAGAGCCACAACCGGUCGAAUUCACACUUCAAUUUGCCGACCGGUCAACCAAAAAUCCUAUUGGAAUUCUUGAGGAUGUUCCCAUUUGUGUUGACAAGUAUUUUGUGCCUUGUGACUUCGUGGUAAUGGAUAUUCGAGAAGAUCCCUAUACUCCAAUCAUAUUGGGGAGACCUUUCUUGGCCACAACGGGAGCAAUAAUUGAUGCACGGAAAGGAUCAAUGAUCUUUGAUUUUGGAGAAGAGAAAGUGGCAUUCAAUGUUCUUGAAGAUCCUAAUUCUCGUGUUGUUGAAAAGUGUUAUAGGGCCGAUGUGAUGGGUAGCAAGACUCGUGAUGGAGAUGCUAAUUUUACACAUAUGGAGAAAGUCGAAAAAGGAUGUCUUUUGGGACACAAAGCUUGUGUUGGGAACUUCAAUGAGGCUAGUUACGGUGGUAGCCUCACGGAUCAACCGGGAUGA